UCCCUCGCGAUAAGAUUUCUGUUGCGCCGUCGUGCCCAGCGGUUUGCGUGUGCUCUGGAAAAAAAGUUGUUCAACAAGUGGAUGCCUCUGCAAACGCACAACAUGGAUCCCCGAAAGAUGUAACUACACAAGCACGCAUGUUACCCUCCCGUCCACGCCGGUCUGUUUUGUUUUGUUUCCCGUUGUCGCAACAAAAAUCGGCGGAGCUGGAGUACGAGGACUGUACUUGCCCCUCCGCUAUCUUAACCAUGGGGUCAGUCGAGGAGCUGCGGGAUGUCGUCCUCAAGCAAGAACACCUAAUUCAGGACUUGCAGAAGAUGGUCACCAUUCGGGACGAAGAAAUCCUGCAGCUUCGUAGCCAACUGGAUAAAUUCCAGUCGGUCCUGAUCCCGUACAACCGCUACAGCCGGAGCGGUCGGAGGAAGGAGCGAGCCCAGGGAAUCUCUGCAGAACCUCAAUCUCUACGGUCCUUGCAGGACUUGAUACAGAGCAAGUUCCAGGAGUAUCCAAAGUCCGAAGGAUCCCGACAGCUGAUAAAGCAGGCCAUCCUCGACAAUGACUUCAUGAAGAAUCUAGAGACCGUGCAGGUGAAGGAGAUAACGGAUUGCAUGUAUCCUGUGGAGUAUGCUCAGGACAGCCUUAUUAUCAAAGAAGGGGAUGUUGGCUCAGUCGUCUAUGUUAUGGAAGAGGGUAGGGUGGAAGUCACGAAAGAGGGGAAGUUCCUUUGCACCAUGGGACCUGGGAAAGCCUUUGGCGAGCUAGCUAUCCUCUACAACUGCACAAGGACUGCAACUGUCAAAGCAAUUAAUGACUGCAAACUAUGGGCCAUCGAAAGACAAUGUUUCCAGACCAUCAUGAUGCGAACUGGGUUGGUGCGGCAGUCCGAAUACACAGACUUCCUGAAAAGUGUGCCAACCUUCCGCAAGCUUCCUGAGGAGACCGUGGUCAAGAUUUCGGAUGUCCUUGAGGAGACUAAUUAUAGCCAGGGGGACUACAUCAUCAGACAAGGUGCACAUGGAGACACUUUCUUUAUCAUUAGUAAAGGAACUGUCAAGGUAACCAGGAAGGCUGGAGCAGAGGAGGGUGGUGUUGAAGAAAUCUUCAUCAGGCACUUACACAAAGGCGAUUUCUUUGGGGAGAAAGCUCUGCAAGGAGAAGAAUGCAGGACAGCAAACAUUAUAGCAGACGACCCAGACGGAGUAACAUGUCUAGUCAUAGAUCGAGACUCCUUCAAUCAGUUGAUGAGCAACAUCGAUGAAAUUAGAGGCAAACAAUAUGAUGAAGACCUUGAAGUCAGACAGAGGAUCAUCGAGGAGUUUGCUGGACUGAAGCUUAGUGAUCUCAGAGUGAUUGCUACACUAGGAGUUGGAGGCUUUGGAAGGGUAGAGCUGGUUCAGAGCAUGAAUGACCCCAUGCGGUCCUUUGCACUGAAAGUAAUGAAGAAGUCACAGAUUGUUGAAACACGGCAACAGCAGCACAUAAUGUCUGAAAAGAUGAUACUCGAGGAGACCAACUGCGAGUUCAUUAUCAAACUUUUCAAGACCUUCAAAGACCGAAAGUAUCUCUACAUGCUUCUCGAACCAUGUCUAGGAGGGGAGCUAUGGACAAUACUAAGGGACCGGGGGAAUUUUGAUGACAACACGACAAGGUUCUACACAGCAUGCGUCGUGAAAGCCUUUGACUACCUGCAUGCCAGGAAUAUCAUCUACAGAGACCUGAAACCAGAAAAUAUGCUUCUGGAUGUCACCGGUUACAUCAAACUGGUUGAUUUUGGAUUUGCAAAGAAAUUAACAAACGGCAGGAAGACCUGGACCUUCUGUGGAACACCAGAGUACGUUGCCCCUGAGGUCAUUCUAAACCGAGGUCACGACAUAUCUGCCGACUACUGGUCCCUAGGUGUUCUCAUGUUCGAGCUUCUAACAGGAGCGCCACCAUUCACUGACCCCGACUUCAUGAAAACUUACAACAUCAUCUUGAAAGGGAUCGAUGCAAUUGACUUUCCUCGGUGCAUUGCACGAAAUGCAGCAGCUCUAAUCAAGAAACUUUGCAGGGACAAUCCAAAUGAAAGGCUGGGCUAUGGCAAGGGAGGAAUUAGGGAUAUCAUGAAGCACAAAUGGUUUGAUGGGUUCAAUUGGGAAGGACUUCACAACAGGACACUGAGGCCUCCUAUUGUACCACAGGUCAGACACAUCACAGACACUAGCAACUUUGACAGAUACCCUCCAGAUGCAGAAGGUCCACCACCUGACGACACCUCGGGAUGGGAUGCCGAUUUUUGAAAGUAAUGUUCCUCCGUAAGAACAUGUUUUCUGUUCUGAGCGUCGAGCUCAUGCACCCGGAUCAAGCAAGCGUGUGCAACACCCUUGUGGCAGGUGAAUGACAUCCGUUUAAUAGGUAACACACGUGCUCGUGCACUAAGGACAUUCUGUGGAAAUUAUCACCCCCUUUCCCCUAUGUCAUACUUGAGCUGCCAUGUUAAUAAUAGAAUACGUGGAAAUUACCUUCUACGGACUAGAUCGGUGAGUCAAAAUCAAGAUGCCAGUUUGGUGUUGGGUUCUGUGAAGAAGGUGCCUUACUGUGAAUUUUUUUUUUUUUUUUUCAUACUUUCAUGGUGUGGUACAGAUAAGAAGCACUCAUUGACGUAAGAGCAACAUGCAAACAUCGAAAGUGAAAUGAAUGUUUACAGACUCUAGUCUUGAAAGCCCAAGUCCAAAGUUUGCCAGUGUAUCAGUCUGAAUGUGCCUUCACGAAUAUUCUCAGAAAGACUUUUAGGUCAGGCUGUAAGUUUGAAGUCUGUUAACAGAUUAAGAUUGUCAGAUUAUUGAAGAUAUUCCAGAGACUUUUUUCCAAACUGGGCUGCAUUUUAGAUUCUUUCCAUUGGGACACGCUAGAAGAUUGCCCGAAUCUUCAGUAUGUUUGGUAAUGGUUCUAUGGGUGCUAGGGGCGGUGCUAUACCUUUCACACUGUGCAAUAGGUGAAUCUAAAGCACACUGAUUGUGGCUAAGCUACUUUUCUGAAUGUACAUUGUGUGUGAGGCAGACCACUGAAGCCUCGUCUUUCCGAAAGAAAACUCCGAGAUCUUGCCAGUGUCUUGUGAGACUAGCAUUCUCUUUUUUUUUUUUAAUGCUGACCUUAAGUUCAAAGGGAAAAAUGUGCCAAAAGGUCUUGGGACCUUUCUUGUUGCGCUUAAUUUCGACAUCAAAUGAGCGAAUUAACUGUUAUUAUUUUGCAGGGGUGAGGUGCAGUACUGUGCACUACAUUAAGACUUUUAAAUAAAUUUUAUAUACUA